AUGGCCAAGUCUAUCCAAAGUCCCCCAGGCCUAAGUCCUGUUCACUUCUUCUCCCAUGGGUCAACGGCCAUGCUAGGCGAGGAAUCACGAUCAGCAGACUACUGGAGAAGGUGCGGCGACGCUGCCCUAGCAAAUGGCAUCAAACAUGUAGUCAUUAUGGGCGCACAUUGGGCUGCUAUCAAUGACGAGAUCCAUGUUGCGACAAACCCGGCUCCAACCAAAGCCCCAAUAGGAGGUGUUCAUCCACGCAAAUACAUCGAUUACAAGCUCAACCCAGAUAUUCUCAUGGCCGAGCGAGUCAUAUACAUCUUGAAGGACCAAGGUUUCAACUGCAAAGCAGACCCAAACUUCAUUUGGAUCCACGACGUCUACCUAAUCUUGAUUCGCACAUUCCCCCAUGGAUGUCCUCCAACGACCAUCAUUAGCAUGAAUGCUCGUUUCGAUCCUCAUUAUCACAUGCGCGUGGGGUCGUCGUUGCGCCAUCUCCGACGGGAAAAGGACGUGCUCUUUAUAGGCUCUGGCGGGGCAGUCCACAACCUCUAUCGUAACAUCUGGACGCCUCUCCUCAGGCACGCUGAUAACUUCGCCAUGGAAACGCCACCUGGUCAUUGGGCAUUGGACUUCCGGCAGGAGUUUGAGGAUGCUAUAAUGAGGAACACAGGGCCCGCCUUGCGAAAGGCCAUGGCCAUGUUGAUGAAGCUGCCAAUGUAUCGAGAUGCACACGCGACGGACGACCACAUCAUGCCUGCAAUGUUUGUUGCGGGGCUGGUUGGAGCUGUCCAAGAUGUCAGGACACUGGUCGAGCUGGGCGCUGAGGACUGGGAAUUGACAAAUAUGUGUAACUCCCAGUAUACGCUCGGGUCGUGGGAUGCCAUUAAGUCAAUCUAG